AUGGAAGUCAGCAAUAUAUUCUAUAUGGCAACAGCCCUAGGGGUUGUUGUUCCAGUUGCUUCUGCUUUGGAUAUCAAUUCAAAGAACAAUGUUGCUGUCUACUAUGCGAGUCUCCAACCUCUAACUAUUAGUGGGAAUAAUGCUAAUCCUUCGAAUCAGGGCCAAGGCGCAAACCAACCACGCCUUAGCCAUUUCUGUCAGGAAACAUCAAUUGAUAUCAUCAAUCUGGGAUUCAUCAACUUCUUCCCUCUCGCUGUUAGUGAAUGGCCCGGAUCCAACUUCGGGAACCAAUACAACCGCACCUUCUACCCGGACACCGAGCUCCUCGAGGAGUGUCCCCAGCUCUGGGAAGAUAUCCCCAUAUGCAAAGCUAUGGGAAAGACAAUCAUGCUUUCCAUUGGGGGCGUUAAUUCCACAGACCAAGAUGCUCUGGCAGAUGAGAAUGCAAUUUGGUUUGCCGAUUUCUUAUGGUAUUCGUUCGGUCCCUACAAUCCCAGCGUCAAGGUAUUCUUCCCUCGUCCAUUCGGCAAUGCCCCGGUGGACGGAUUUGAUUUUGAUAUUGAGAACAACGGCGGGUCAGGAUAUGCCACCAUGAUCAACCAGUUAAGCCUGCUCUAUACGCAGUAUCCCGACCAGAUAUUCUACAUCUCAGGUGCCCCACAGUACGAUAUUCCAGACAAGCAGCUUGGAAAUGCCAUUGCCAAUGCCGCAUUAGAUUUCAUCUGGGUUCAAUUUUACAACACCCAAGGCUGCUCGGCGCGCGACUUUGUGCACGGCACCGGCCAUUACAACUAUGCCGAGUGGGUGGAUGUACUCAAAAAUAGCAAAAACCCCUCGGCAAGGCUUUUUGUUGGGCUUGCGGCAGCUGAAAGCGCCGCAAAAGACGGGUACUAUUUGAGUCCACUUGAGGUGAAGACUCUGUGCUGCUGCUCUCUCACAUACAUCAACGCUCGCUACAAGUGUGACACCUACGCCAAGUACCUCUACCUCGAAAUCCCAUUUGAAUUCAUCAGUUUCUUCCGCGACAACAGCAACAUCGAGCACUUGGAAUAUUUCUUCGAGUCCCUUACCUACAAAUGCACCGCCCUCUUCUUUGUCGGUUACUUCCACGUCUCGUGUAUUUCUCCCACCCAGCUCUACAACCCCCUCCAGCCAGCAAGAUUCUUCCAGCAUGCCUGCUAA